CGUGGAAUCGAAUUCCCAGAAACGAAGGGGGAUAUUUUCUCUUAUUACAAGUAUAUAUAAAUAAAUAGGAUAAACUUCCCUAUUAUUUCUUCUUCCUCUGUUUCUUUUACUCGAUUUUCUCAUUUCUUCUCUUCUGAUCAUUUUCUGCUAAUUUUAGUUUGUUGAAGCAAACAUGGGGGGUGGAAAGGACAACUAUAAUGAAUCUGACAAAGGACUGUUCUCAAAUAUUGCUGGUCUUGCUGGUGGACAUGGUGGCCAUGGAGGACACGGAUACCCACCUCAGCAAGGAGGCUACCCACCUCAUCAGGGUGGCUACCCGCCACAACAAGGUGGCUACCCACCUCAGCAGGGUGGCUACCCACCUCAAGGCUAUCCUCCCGCCGGAUAUCCUCAACACGGUGGUUACCCACCUCAGCAGGGAGGCUACCCACCUCAAGGCUAUCCUCCUAAUGCUUAUCCUGGUGGUCAUGGUUCGCAUCAAUCUGGAGGUCAUGGCUCACAUUCAGGUGGAUCAGGAGGCAUGGGUGCCAUGGGUGGAAUUCUAGCUGGAGGUGCUGCGGCCGCUGCAGCAGCAUAUGGAGCUCAUAAGUUGACACAGGGUUCACAUGGUUCUCACGGUGGUGGUAUGCUUGGUGGUUUUGGUGGUGGUUCCCAUGGUGGUGGCAUGUUUGGUGGCUCUCAUGGUGGUGGCUACGGUCAUCAUGGAGGAAAGUUCAAGCACGGGAAACACGGCAAGUUCAAGGGUGGCAAACAUAAGGGUGGCAUGUUCGGAGGUGGAAAGAAGUUCAAGAAGUGGAAGUAAUUGGGAUGUCCCCAUUUCAGUAUACAUACCUAAUAACUUAAAUGACUACUUAUUUACUUGUUGUGCUUAAGGAUUAUGUUGGAUGUAGUGUUGUAUUUGUUGUCAUGGAUUGUUCUCCUUUGUGGCCUGAACCAGUCAGUGCGGCAUCUUCUUGACCAUUGCGAUUUAGAUAUAUACAUGAAUGGAGCUUGUGUGGCUUGUCUUUCCUGA